GACGAUCGUCUACAACACCCCGGAUACGCGGCAAUAAUAAUUUGUGUAAAACAACGCAAUAUAAAUGUACUUACUUCAUUCUUAUUCGGAUUUAUUUUGGCACUGCUGGUUAGUGGUUAUUUGGUUACGUAUUACGAGAAGAAACACUUUUCCACCUCUUUCAAACAUGGAUAACGUUAUCAGUUUUGAUCAUUUGCAAAGUAGUGUUUUAGUAUUUAUUUUUCAAAGUAAAAAGGUUUACGGGUUUUUAUUUUUUUCUGCAAUUUUAAGCAUAAUUUAUUAUUAUGUUGAUUAUAAAAUCAAGCACCGACGUUUGGAGAAAAUGAUCGAUCAGUUCGAUGGACCUAAAGGGCUCCCAAUCAUUGGAAACGCUCACGAAUUUUUAGGAUCGCCUAAAGUUGUUUUGAAAAAUGGAAUCGCACUUGCGAAUACGUAUAAAAAUCCAAGAGUAUGGCUAGUUCACAAACCGUACAUCAUCAUUUCGACUCCAGAAGACUAUCAAACGGUAGCUUUUAAAACUUUGGAGAAAGACAACAGUUACAAAUUCGUUGCAGAUAUGUUAGGCGAUGGACUUAUCACUUCUGAAGUAAAUAGAUGGAAAAGAAAUCGUCGUAUUAUAAAUCCAGCUCUCAAUCCAACCAUGCUAUAUCAUAAUUUCUUACAAAUAUUCAACGAGAAAUGUGUCACCUUGAUCAACCAAUUGAAAAAAGAAGUCGGCACCAAAAAGCAAUUUGAUUUAUGGCCUUAUAUCUCGGAAAAUUCUAUAAUGACGAUUUGUGAGACUACGAUGGGUUACACGGAUGCUGAUGACUCGGCGGAGGUGAUGAAAUAUGGAGAAGAUUUAAUAAAAUCAUCAAAAUUAGUGAGUUUAAGAAUCUAUAAACCUUGGUUAAUGCCUUCAAUCACUUUCAAAGCUUAUCGAUACUUAUUGGGAUUCGGAAAAAUAUUUGAUACCGUACGAGAAUUACCUUUGAAAGUGGUGAAAAAACGACGCGAACAAUUUGAAAAAAUGAAAACUGAAGGCUAUGUUCGCACAGGACAAGAAAAGACAAUGCAAAACUUUAUAGAUAUUUUAUUAAAUUACCAUGACGCAAACACCAAUUUCACGGAUAAAGAGCUUACGGAUGAAGUGAAUACUAUGAUGUUUGCAGGAAGUGAAACUACUGCUGUGACCAUUUGCUUUUGUAUGCUGAUGCUGGGAAUGAGACAAGACGUUCAAAAAAGAGUUUACGAAGAAAUUCACUCGGUAUUUGGUGAUGAGAAUCGUUUACCGAAUCUCGAAGAUCUUUCAAAAUUAUCAUAUCUGGAGCAAUGCAUCAAAGAAACCCUUCGAAGAUUUACAGUAGUGCCACUUGGACUGCGUCAUACGCAAGAAGACAUACCGAUCAGUGAUGGAAAGAUAAUCCCAUCAGGAUGCAACAUCGCACUUUUUGGUCUCGCAAUUCACUUGAAUCCUGAAAUAUACCCCAAUCCUGAAAUUUGGGAUCCCAGUAACUUUGAUCCUGAUAAAGUUGCUAAUCGACAUAAAGCGAGUUUCGUACCGUUUGGUGCAGGACCUAGAGGAUGCGUAGGUCAAAAAUAUGCGAUGGUGUCGAUGAAGGCGCAACUCUCAACUAUGAUACGAAAUUUCAAAAUAACCACCGAUAUUAAAAUGGAAGAUAUUGAAUUAUCCAUCGACAUUUUAUUGAGAAGCUCAACAGGUUAUUACGUUAAAUUAGAUUACAGGCAUGGCGAGUCAUUAACAUCGUCAUUAUUUUAAUAACGAAGGGUUGACAAGUAGGUAUUAUCCAAGCUAGGAAUGUUUAACUAGUACCUAGGUAAUUAUAAUGCAGCUUGUAUAAAAUUCUCUCACAUUGUAAAAAAUAACAAUUAAAAAAAAAAAGAACAUUUUACUUAACACAUUAAGUAAGUACCUCUACCUACAUAAGGUAAGUGUAGCAAAUUUUCAAUUUUUUAAAAUUUCCGUUCCAUUAAAAAAAAAACGAAUCAAUCUGAAUACCUACCUAGUAGUUAAAAGUUUUAUUUCAACUUUCUAGAGCCUCCAGCAACUCUUCAAUUUUCUGCAGAACGACAUUUGUGAAAUCGUUCCUCGUGUCAUGUCGUUUCAAAAACUUCUAUUUUUCAUAUUUUUUCUUAUGUUGGUCGAAAAUUACUUUGAAACGUUCUUGCAAUUUCACAAUUUUGAUACUUAUUCCGCUAACCAAAAUUAUAAACUCAGGUGGAAGAACGGUUGAAAUUAGUCUUCUUGAGUGAAGAGGUAUUUUUCCAAAAAAUAUAGGGGCCUAAAAAAUACACUUUCUCUCACGCAUGUCAACCGUGGGUCUCAAAAUGCGAUUAAAGCUGAAAUAUGAUUGCAAAUCUCAAAGUUGCAGCUGCCCACUCACACAUUUUCAGGUUUUUAGGUCAUAUUUUUUAAAGUUUGUUCCUAAAAAAUGCACUUAUUUCAGUCAUGUCGAGAGUGAGCCUCAAAACGAUGAUACAAUGUGACCUGAAUAGAAGCUUUCCAGAGUUUUAGCUGCUCAACAAUACGUUUUGAGAUUUUAGUUUUUUUUUUUUUUUGAUAAAUUUUAACUGAAGAAGUAGGUACUUACUUGCACUUUUCCUCACAAAUGUCGAGAAGAAUUUCAAAACGUAAGUACAUACUUAGUUAAGUAUAAAAUGAAAAAUGAUUUUGAGAAUUCUAGCUGCCCAAUCACAUGUUUUAUUCAACAUUUCAUUCAGAUUUGAUUUUGGAUGUAAUUAUACAUUACUAUUCUUAAAUGACACCAACUGGUGAAAUUUUUGGUAAUAGGUACCUUUUGAAAUGCUGUAAACAUAAACAAAUGAAUAGUAUUGCGCAAUUAUUGCACCUAAAAGUACUAAAAAGCAUACAAAUACCUAGUUAAAUUUUUCAAUGUAAAAUUCAGGGUCAUUCCUGAUAACCUAUCAUCUGCGAUGGGGAAUUAUUAUAAUCUAAGGUGUAAGUUAGUUGAUAAAAUCACAUUGCAUCUUGUGGUUCAAUUUUUCAUACCUAGGUACUCACGAACUAUCUAUCCCUUCUGAAGCAAAUGCCAAAUAUUUACAAGAUGAUAAUUGAAAUUUAACAAUGUAAUCAAUCUGCUGAUAACUUUUGACCAUUUACCAUUCAUGGUCAAUAACAUAUAAGAAUGUAGAUAUAAAUUAAAUAAGCUUAAUUAGGGUAUUAGGUACCGGCGCCUUCAUCUUAUAAAUAAAUAUCUGUACUAAUGUUACAUCAAAAUAUGUAAAUAUAUUUAUAACCGCGUAAA